CAAACAAAAAAGCAUAUUAAUUCCUCUUCCUACGAAAACCCAAUCUAACAUUUCUCUUAAACUCAAUCACUUCCAACGCAUUUUCUCUUCAAUCUCACCAAUAAGAUGGAGAGAAUUUCUUGUUUUAGCAAGCAAUUUCAACAUGUUCGUCCAUUUCAAUCCAAAUUCGCUUGUUUUACGCCAUCUUCCCGGCAUCAUUUCACCGAUCUUUAUCGGUUUUUAGUAUUCCACUUAAAUCCGUUUUGGAUUCAUCUCUGUUAUUUUAUCUCUAUUUCCUUUGUGGGUUUUCUAGUUUUGAACGUUCUAGACCCGAAGAACUCUUCAAAAAGGCCAAAGAACCUCGACAUGUUCUUCACAUCAGUGUCUGCCACGACAGUCUCGAGCAUGGGGACUGUUGAAUUGGAAGUUUUUUCAAAUACCCAACUCGUGAUUUUAACACUUUUGAUGCUAAUAGGUGGAGAGGUUUUCACUUCCAUUCUUGGUCUUGGUCUUCAAUUGAUGAAGAACAAGUUCAAAAAACAAGAUAAGAUCGAAAACAGGGUCGGUUCUGUUACAGCAGAACUCAGCUCUAAGGACCCGACGGCCGUUGAUGAGCUUAUAGAAAUGGGAAUUGAGAAAAGGCCCGUUCUCAAACAUUCUGAGUUGGGUGAUGUAGGAUCCGAAAUUCAGGAAUUUCCUAGUGAGGAAUUGAAGUAUAGAUGUAUAAAUUACUUGGGUUUUGUGGUAUUGGUCUAUCUUGUAUUAGUUCAUGUGAUCGGUUCCUCAUUGAUUUUUUUGUAUCUGAUCCUUAUUUCAAGUGCAAGAGAUGUACUCAAGAAGAAGGGGAUUCAGAUGCAGACAUUUGCUAUUUUCACGACUGUCUCAUCAUUCUCAAAUUGCGGGUUCUUACCUACAAAUGAGAAUAUGAUAGUUUUCAAGGAGAAUUCAGGUCUCCUACUGCUUGUUAUUCCACAGAUUCUGCUCGGAAAUACUCUGUAUCCUCCGUUCUUGAGAUUGGUGAUUUGGGUGUUGAAGAAGUUUAGUGGAAGAGUAGAAUUCGAUCAUAUGUUGAAGAAUCCGAACUUGAUUGGAUAUGAUCAUUUGCUCCCAAGUCUGCAUUGUGUGUUUCUUUCUCUGACUGUUUUUGGGUUUUUAGUGGUGCAGCUGGUGAUGUUUUGUUAUAUGGAGUGGAAUUCGGAGGCAUUAGUCGGGAUGAAUUCUUAUCAGAAGAUCGUCGGCGGGUUGUUUGAGUCUGUAAAUUCAAGGCAUUCAGGUGAGUCGAUCGUCGAUCUCUCGACGCUGCCGGCGGCUAUCUUGGUGGUGUAUGUUGUAAUGAUGUACCUUCCUCCUUAUACAGCAUAUCUACCCAUUGAAGAUGAUACAAGGUCUCUAGAAAAUCGACAAAAUGGCCACAAAAGGAGAGGACUAUUGAAGAAUCUCAUACUCUCACCUCCCUCUUAUUUGGCUAUCUUCAUCAUUCUCAUCUGCAUCACAGAGAGAGAAAAGUUAUCCCAAGAUCCCCUGAAUUUCAAUGUCUUGAACAUCACUGUAGAAGUGGUCAGUGCAUAUGGAAAUGUGGGUUUCACAACAGGCUACAGCUGCCAACGGCAAUUGAAACCUGACAGUAACUGUAAGGAUGCGUGGUACGGAUUCGCAGGGAGAUGGAGCAAUAAGGGAAAGAUCAUCCUCAUCGUCGUCAUGCUCUUUGGGAGAGUGAAGAAAUUCAACAUGAAAGGUGGUAAAGCCUGGAAGCUUAGCUAGCAGUCAAGGACAUCUGAUGUUUUUGUGUGUGGUUGAGAUGUUUGAGAGCUGUUGUAUAGCAUAAACAAUAGGUAUGUUUUGAACUACAGUAGUAAUUGUGAAAUAUAGCAGAUGUGGCAUAUUACAACCAUUACAGUGA